AGUAGAAAUCGCCAUAUCAGCGUUAUAUUUUUCAACUGUCAUACGAUCGACCUAAGACAUUGGAAACACAGAAGGGCAGUAUGUUCCUGCAGCCGGUGGUUUUGAUAGUAGCUAUUCUGAUGACAAAGGUUUUCCUCGUAAGUUGCGAAUUUGAAGCGAUUAAAAAGGAGGAUGGCAACCAAUUUACACACGUGGUGGAUCAUGACGUCACGAUAAAUAACAUGGUGUCGGACAUCAAACAGAAUGUUUCUACUACCAGUGCAAAACAACAUUUACGUUUGGGCGAUGACGUGAAUCGAAACUUAACUUUUGACAAUGAGGGAAAUCCAUUGGUUACAGUGGAUCCCAUGGAGAUUUAUACCCAGAAUGCUCUACUGAUGGAGCAUGACGAACGCUACCAUGAUGACCCUCCAGGACAUGAAACGAUAAUGCCAAAGAAAACCUCAAAAGAUGCUAAUGAUGACAACGACGAACAUGUAGAGUCAAGAGACGCACAUAGCGCCAGCAACUGUGAUAUAUUAAGUCUUAGGAUUAACAAACGGUCAUUAGAAGAUCCAGAACACUUGGACAGUGAAAAGCUGUCUUCAAGUUGUCAUAUGGAUGCUUCUCAAAUAGAUUUGUCAUUAGCAGGAAAGGUAGACUCACAGGACGAAGAUGAUCUAAUGGAAAUAAUUGUUGAAAAGCCCCCAAAAAUUGUGAGACAUAGACGAGCAUUUUUCAAUAUUGGAGGGAAAAGUCAUCUUUGGCCAGACGGACUAUAUACCUAUGUAUUUGAUCAUAGAAUGCACUCCGAACCAAAAUCCUUACUGUUAAAAGCGUUCAAAGAAAUUGGUGAUAGGGUCCCAUGCGUCAAGUUCGUUCCCGCUGAUGAAAACUCAGAACAAUUUAUAAUCCACACAAGCCACAAUAUAGCACAGUGUUCCUCAGAUACAUUAGGCUUCAUGCCCGGUAUUCAAGCCAUGGUAAAUAUAGGUGAAUACUGUAACUACGGACUGGCAAUGCAUGAAGUGUUUCAUGUGUUAGGAGCAAUACACACCCAGAAUAGGCCAGAUCGGGAUAACUUCGUGGAGAUUAACUGGGACAACAUCGAUAAAGCAGCAGCUCACAGUUUCUACAGAAAAGUAGGAGAUGUUAGCCCUUCCGACGGGGAGUAUGACUACAAAAGUGCCAUGCACUAUCCUGCAUAUGCUUUUAAUGUAAAAGAAAGUGUGCCAAGCCUUCGCGCUUUGAAUAGUACAGUUAAGCUCAAAGAUUAUGGACAUUAUUUGUUAGAUGAGCAGGAUUAUGAAUCUCUGAAACGUUGGUAUGGGUGUAGCACUCAAACAUUAACUGAAAGUUCAACUGGUAAAUCAACUGAGGGUUCAACUGAGGGUUCAACUGAGGGUUCAACUGAGGGUUCAACUGAGGGUCCAACUGAUGGUUCAACUGAGGGUUCAACUGAGGAUUCAACUGAGGGUUCAACUGAGGGUUCAACUGAGGGUUCAACUGAGGGUUCAACUGAUAAUUCAACUGAUAAUUCAACUAAUAGUUCAACAAAUGAUACUGAGGGGAAAACUAAGAAGAUGUGGAGAUGGAACCCUGAUUGCAUAGUGGGUCCGUGGAGUGGAUGGUCAGACUGUAAAAACGGUUAUAGAAUUAAAUCCAGAUAUAUCGAGAUGCCUCCAAAUAGCAAAGGUCUUUAUUGCCCAAAUGAACACAAAAAAAUACGGUGCAGGCCGAAAAGAUGGCGCAAAAGAAGCGCCGAGCCAGAAAAUAUCGUGGUUGAAGUCACGGACUUUAUCGAAGAAAACGGCAUGGUGGUGUCACACUUAAAAAAAGAAGUGAGAGUGGUUGAGGGAAGACCAAUUGAACUGAUAGUGGCUAACCCGAAGAACUUCCCUACAAAUUGGUAUCGGGUGAUUGAUGGAAAUGAUUUUUUACUCUCGCCCACUGAAAAUAACAUUUACAGAACUGCUGCUGGAAAUAACCGUCUUACUAUCGACAAUAGCUCUGUCGAGGAUAACGAUGGGCAACGUUUUGUAACGAAAAUAUUUAUGAAAUAUACUAUUUUGCGGGUGGCGUGGAUUAUCGAGGUUCUGAGUGAAGAUGAAUACUUUAGUAAUAGUGCUUUUAAUGAUAAUUUGUUUGGUUCAGAGUAAAUAGACCAAGAGAAUAUGAAUUGGAAUUCUUGACCAACAUCCAUUUCUAAAGCGACUUUUAAAAAUUCUGUAUCUAAAAUUAAAUCAAUUUUCAUGUAUUAA